AGAACAAGAAUCGCACCGUUUCCUGGUGACGUAAACACAGAACCAUGAAGGUAAAAUUCUAAGCACUUAGUUUACAAUCGAUUUUCUAUCAUAGCUACAAGCGAAAGACAUCGGCGAAAAUGUUCAAAGGGUGGGGAACGUGGCUGGGUAUAGAGAACACCUCGACGACAGAGGAGAGCGAAGUGGCUGACGUUGCUGUGGAGGAGAAAAUUGUUCAAGACCAAAAUGAAGUAAACAAACAACACGAACCUCCAGCAACAGAAGAACUGGGGCAGGAGGACGGAGACACCGUCCAACUCAUCUCUCAGCAAGCUAAAGGAUUCGGUGGCUUAAUAUUCAACUUUGCCAGCAAUGCUACCAAGAAGAUCUCCAACUCUGUGGCAGAGACCGCACACACCAUCAAGAAGAGCGUGGAAGAAGGGAACAUAGAUGGAAUUUUUGACAAGACUAUUUUGGGGGAUUUCAAAAAAGAACAGGACAAAUUUGUCCAAGAAAAGAAAGCUAAGAAAUCAGACACAGCUGUACCACCAUGGGUUGGCUACAGUGAGGAGGAGACCAUGCAGCAACAGAUCCUGGCUUUGUCCGCUGACAGGAGGAACUUCCUGAGAGACCCACCAGCUGGAGUUCAGUUCCAGUUCGACUCUGAGCAGAUGUAUCCUAUCGCCAUGGUGAUGCUGCAGGAAGAUGAGCUACUGAACAGGAUGCGCUUCGACCUGGUCCCCAAACAAGUGAAGGAGGAUGUGUUCUGGAGGAACUACUUCUACCGUGUGUCCCUGAUAAAGCAGUCGGCCCAGCUCACGGCCCUGGCAGCACAGCAGCAGGCUGUAGACCACAGAGAGGAGCAGAAGACCAUCAGCCCGGAGGGUGUCAUCCUCACAGAAAAUACCAUCAGACCAAAAACACCUCCAGUAUCCAUUAGUGACAUUCCCAAGAGUGGAGAGCAGGAGGAAGAGGAGAAUGAGAUCUCCACCAGCCCUGGGGUCUCUGAGUUUGUGAGCGAUGCCUUUGACUCCUGUAACAUCGACCAUGAAGACCUGAGGAAAGAGAUGGAACAGCUGGUGCUGGACAAGAAGGAGGACGCUGCAACUCCAGAGGAGGAGACAGCGGACUGGGAGAAGGAACUCCAGGCAGAGUUACAGGAGUAUGAGGUGGUGACGGAGGCAGACAACAAAGAUGACAACUGGGAUAAAGAGAUCGAGAAGAUGCUUCAGUCGGACGAGUAGAGGUGACCGACCCGUCUUGCUUCAGUCUAGUAUCUCUGAUAUGAGAGAGAGCACCACGAAGGAUCAGUAACCAUGACCUUGUCUAGUCUAGACCAUAGAAAUAGAAUGGUAUAGAAAUGAAGGGAACCGCUGCAUACAAACCAUUAACUGUUUGUUUCAGCAUACUCUAGAAUGGGAACAUCUAUGGGGUGUAUUCUGAUCUGGUGAUGGUCAGGUGUUGAAAUACUGUAUAAUAUACAUUUUCUGUCUGUACAGUUUAGUGGCUGGCUGUCAUUUUAGCUGUGAACGUUUAUGGCCGAGGAGGCAACUGACAUAUUGCAUAUUGUUAUUUUUUCUCUAUUCUGCUCUUUUCUUUUUCUGGAAUUCUUUUGCAGUUGGGAUGUGUACAUCUUUCCAAAUAAUACUUGUUUCUGUGCUACUCAAAUCCUGCUUUCAGUUUUUCCCUAAUAAAUAUACUUCUUUCCAA